AUGAAGUUCAAGAGCUUCCUCUACUUUUCACUGAUUUCAAACAUCUUUUGUGGAUUUAAUUAUGUUAAAUCACCUAAUUUGUCACUAAACUUGAUUGCUUUAAACGAAGUUUUUGGCACGUUUUUCAAUAAAAACCAACUUUUCAACGUUUUCUACGACAAUAAGCAGGACCAGAAUUAUUCAGAACUUCUACAUACUAAAUUUUUGUCACAAGAAAAUCACAAGUUCUCAUGCAAAGUCAACACAAUAAGCGAGAAUAUUUUAAUGUACGACAUUUCAUCAAUAAUAUUUGUGUAUUCAUGCAGCACUUUGGGAUUCAUUCAUAUCCAUCAAUAUGCUACAAAUGAAUAUCCAAUGCCAUUGAAAAUUCUUACUUACAUUGAGAAUUGUAGCUUUGAAAUCAUCAAGUCUAACAUUAAAAAAAUUGUAUUUCGAAUAUUGACAUACAUGGAGAAUGACAUGGAAGCUUUUGAGUAUCUCCUGAUUAAUGACGAGGAGUUGCUCUACCUGACAACCAUUGAGUAUUAUACAGAAACAGCUUGCAAUACGCCACAGCUAAUAACUUUAAAUAUCUUCAACAAAACAACACAAAAGUGGGAGAAAAAACUUCAAAUCUAUGAAAAAUUCCAAAACUUUCAUAGCUGUGAAUUGGUGAUGAGGACGGCUUACCAUAUAAAUUAUGCAAAAGGCUGGAUGGGCUUAAAAAAAUCAGCAAAUUCAUUUGAAGUCAUUGGAAUUAUUCCAAAAUUAUUUAAAGACAUUGGAAGAUAUUUCAACUAUAAGCCCGGAUAUGAAAUUGAAAUGUUAAAAGAUCAAAAUGAUUUCCAUUGCACUAAAGUUUUUGAAAGUCCAAAAAUUGACUGGAAUUUGACGUUGCCAAAUGUCUGCUUUGGAGUUACUCGCAUUGAAGCACAAGCUAAUCGAGAUUUCAAAAGUUCUCACUUUACUGGAACAUUUUUGGAUAUCUUUGAGGUUGUUCUAGUCACACCUGGACAAGUUUAUUCAUCUUAUGAGAAGCUAUUGCUGCCAUUUGAUAAGAUAACGUGGAUUUUAUUAGUUUUUACAUUUUUCACUGCCUUCUUGACAAUUUUUGUCAUUUAUUUUCUGCCUGAGCCUAUUCAUAGAUUAUUUUAUGGUCCGAAUGUCAAAAGUCCAGCAUUGAAUGUCAUCAGCACAUUUUUUGGCAUUCCACAGCUUAAAGAUCCAAGACUGCAUUUUUCACGAUUUAUUCUCAUGAUGUUCAUCCUUUUUUGCCUCAUUUUUCGGACAUGCUAUCAAAGUAAAAUGUUUGAGUUUAUGACAACCUCACCAAGACGUCCACCACCAAACUCAAUGAAAGAAAUGGCACAAAAAGGCUACAAACUAUUAGCCAGAGAUCAUAAUGUGAUGUAUAAGGAUGUCAUGAAAAAUGGUGACAUAAAUUGGCCAGAAUUAGAAGUUAUAGAUCAAGAUGAUUUUUUUGAUAUUUAUUAUAGUCAGGCACAGAAUUCAUCAGCAAAGUUGGGCUUAAUUUUUCAACUUUACAUGCUUAAUUAUUUUGAAAAAGCGGAAGUCAUUAAUGCAUGGACAAUGACUGGCAUUAUGGAUAAAAUCAUAAAAGAUGCAAUGGGUGAAAAGAUGAAGUUUCGAGUUAAAAAGGAACCAAAAGUUCUUACUGUUGAGAAUUUAGAUUUUGGAUUUUUCAUUUGGCUUGGAUGUUGUGGAUGCAGUUUUGCUUGUUUUGUCCUGGAAGCUGGUUACUUUGUUGCAACUAUGAGGUACAAAGUUUAUAGACAGAAUAUCAGGAAGCCUAAAGUGACAUUAAUAAAGAAAAGUUAUCAAAAUUAUGCUAAGGUCCAUCCAAUUUUGAAUGAAAUUGAACAAAGUCACCAAAAUAUCGCAAAACCGAAGGUUCAUGAACAGUUUAGGCAUAAUCAUCGAUGGGUGUCAGUGUUUGUCCUCAUGUCACUAAUAAUGGAAAUUGUAAUAAUUUCAUACUUUGCCGCCCACAUCGCAAUGCAGCUUGAUGGAGAAACGAACAAAGAGUUUUGCAAUUUAGCCGUUCCGUUGGGAUUGCUUGGAUAUUUUACAUAUACAUGUCUUGUCAGUUUUGGAGUUUAUAUCAAAAUGUAUAGGAUUGCUGGAGGUUAUGAAAGGCUUUAGAGAUUUUUUUAGAUUCAUCUAAAAGACGCAUUGAUUUACACCAAAUUCGGCUCUUCUUUUGUCUUUCUACGUCUUGAGUAAUUCAG